UGCCAUGUCUGCCACAAGACCAUAAGCCGCAAGGCAGAUCUUCCUAGACACAUGCGUACGCACGAUGAACACAAGGAGUCUCUGUACGUACUCGUACCCUAUUGUACCAGAUGGUUCCUGACCCAUCUGCUAUCUUGAUCAGUAUGCACGCAUGUCCAUUCCUUGACUGCAAUUACAAGACCCUCCAAAAGUCCAACCUGCAGACGCACAUCAGGACCCACACCCGUGAACGCUCGAGGACGUGCCCCCACCCUGGGUGCGCGUUUGCCACUACCGAUCCAGCAAGCUUGACGCGUCACCGCAAGCACCUACACAGCUACGAGCCCAAGGCGCGUCGCAACCUCGGGGGCAAAGCUGCUCGACAGUCCGCCGCCGCACCUUACCCAUCUACUCGGUUUAUGAAGCCUGAGGAAGAUAUUCCUGCAUCACUGGAUUUAAAUGACCUCACAUUUCCCGAGCUCGCAGGCCUCAUUCCCUGCGAUGCGCUCUCACCCGCUGAGUCCAGCGACUCCGGCAUCCCCCAGUUUUCGGGCGAGUUCACCGAACUCUCCUGGGAGCGACUCUUCCCCGAUUUCCCUGCCGAGAGCUUCACCUCCGUUUACGAACAGCCCUCUCAGCUCACCGCCCCCACCUUCAACUACUUCCAGCCAUCAACUGUCCCUGUCGAUCUCUCCGCCUCCCACAUGCCGCAGUUCGACCCGAAGUUGGAUCCCGAUGUCAACUCUCAGCAGUCCAUUCCCGCCUUCGACGUGGACUUUCAAUACCAGCCUGUCUCCGGGAACGAUCUGAACUCCGCAUCAGCUGAACUAGAGGAGUUUUUACAGACAUAUGGCUCGGGGUACUUUGAAGGCCGCUGUGAGUACCCGGACAGUGCAACAUAUUCCAUGUCCUAGCCCACGUUUACGAACGAAUAUAACGUCCAUUGAAAUCUUGACUAUUGCAUUUCAUCUUGUUGCCAUUACCUAUACAUUAUCAUCAUCGACAUCAGCAUUACCAUUGCAUUUUGAAUUUGGCAUUAUCAUUAUUGUUCUUUUAUCUCAUAUCACUUUUAUCUUUUAUAUAUACCCAUCUUCCUCCACACUUAGCAAUAUUGCGACCUCAGGCUUCAACUUGUAAAAUACAUUAUGUGCAUCAUUACACGAAUCUCAUGACUAUGGAUUGGUUA